UUAACACUUCACAGGAUUAACAAACGGCUGCUCUAUAAAAGGCAAAAUGGACAAAACUCUGAUUUUCGUAGCUUGUUGCCUUUCUGCAGUCUAUGCACAGUUCCCCGCAAUUUGUGAACUGGAAUGUGUCUCAUCAUACAUCGGGGACAUCGCAGAAUGUCGCAUUGAGUUCCCCUUUAGACCUGGAAUGCCAAACAAAGACCUAAAACUGUGCUUAAUGGAAGUUGAACACGAUAGGAAUGUCUGCAUGGUGAUGAACAUUGAUCCUAUAUGCAAGCAACUUGCACCAAGGGCCACUCUGCAUAAGACUUUCGAAAUGAAUCUAAACCAGCCCGCCCCUACUACGACUACCACAACGACAACAACGACGACGACUACCCCACCACCAGCGGCGCCUGUACAGGUUGGACCAGCUUUGUCUCAACCAUCACAGUCACAGAACAAAUUGAUUCAGUUGUAUGUGGACCCAAGCAACUCUCCUUCGCCCUAUUAUCAACAUCAUGGACUCGUCGGAAAGCCAAGUUCCGCUUUCUUUUCUCCAGUUGCCAUGGAACCCAUGCCAAUGCAGGCACCAGCCGGUCUGACAGCCGCCCAAACUGCUCGUCACAACAGAAUCCAGAACAUGAUCCAGAGAAAGUUUCCGCAAAACAACCCCAGACCUAGUCCUUACCAACGACAGGUCACCAGCAUGCAACUUCCGGGCCAGCCUAGAACUAUGCCAAAGCAAAUGCAACUGCCUGGUCAACAACCGGCAACACAAAUGCAAUUGCCUGGAAAACGACCAACAGUACACGGACCUCAGCCUAAUGUUGCACAGCGCCCACAAAAACAACAGCAACCGCAGUCUGUUGUCAGGACAAAUCCCAAGAUCAUUCAGAGAAGACUGACUGUUUUUAAACUGGCGAAACCCUUCAAACCUAGUCCCAUCAACAUGCCUGUACAGCCUUCAUUCUCUGCGCCACGCUUUAAUUACUUGGGAUAAAAUCGUUGCAAAUGGGAAUUUUUAUUCCAUUAUUUCCUCCUGGAGUGGAUAACCUGUUUUGUAGUGGCUGCAAAGAUGAAGGGAAAAUAAGUACUGUUUUGAACAGUGGUGACUGUUUAAAAAAUUUUUGUCAUUGUUUAAAGAUUUUAUCCAUUUGGUUAUUUUCUAUUCGGAAUAUUGUUCAGUAAGAUAAAUUUAUUACGUUUAAUUAAAUUUUCUCGGCGGUUUAUCUUGCCACCUACUUUACAUAAUUACUUUUAAAAAAGGAAGCAAAAAACUCGAAUUGUCAGCGAGUCGGGCUUGCUAAUCCAACAAGCCCGUCAGAAACACUUGUCAUAAAAAUGAUCUUUUAA